AUGCUUCAAUUUAUCAUCUAUCUUUUUCUCCAACUUGCCCUUUUCGCCGCCUGGAUCUCCGGUGCCCUAGAUCCAUACCAGAAACAGCUACAGGAAGUCAUCCUCGACUAUAUGGGAGAGACAAAAGUGUCGUAUGGAUUGAAGAAAAGCCUCACCGGGAAGAGGCUCACUGAGGAAGAAACCCUCCGCAAGAUCCAGGAUCAGCUGGGAAAUCAACUGGGAGGAAUCUUCGGGAAGGGAGGACUCGGCGAGGGACUCGGGUCUGUGUUGAGCAAGGGACUCUAG